GAAAAUCUUGUUUUUUUUUUCUUUCUAACUUGUAGAGCUGUACUGCAAUAUUUUGAUCUUAGAUUUAUCUUCCGUGUUGCAAAGGAUUUUUUUUUUCCUCUACUUAACUUAAACAAUAUUAAAUUGCAUAAACACAAAACUGUUCAUUUUUCAAAAGGGAAAUUUUUUGUUACGUUUUUAGACUAAUGGGGUGUAUGAAAACUCUUGACCUUAGCGAGUAGCUCAAACAAUUUAUUUGGAGACGAAAAGAUUGACCCUUUUUCGAGUCAUUUGAUUCAUAGUUGUUGUAUAAGCUGGGCGGACCUAGAGUUUUAGUUAUGAGUUUUGUAGGAUCUAGUAGUUUUCGUCAAAACCAUGUAUUUAUGCUAAGAAAAUUUACCAAAAAUGCAAUAUUCUGGAUCAGGGGCAGAGUAGGUAGGGCAAGGGGAUUCAUCCGAAUCCCAUUUGCCUUUUUCUUUUUUUUAUAAGUUACCAGCAAAAAAAAAAUUAUGUAGGUGUUGUUAUUUCCUCAAUAUAUUCGAGUAUGUAGAAUCUGUAUAUUGCAACAACAACUUCAACUCGAGUUCAAGUAUGAACAAGAACACAAUGAAGUAUCAAAUACCCUCAACACAAGAUCAAAAUGACCUUUCCAAGAGGUUUAUAUAGCUACUAGAUGCCCCUUUGAAAAGAUGGCAUUGGUUCAUAUUAGAGAAGCAACAAUCUGAAACAGUGCAACCUUCUGUAACAUCAUUUCAAACAGACACAUCAGUUCUGAAACACUGUUACUGCGUGUAUUUAUAUAAAUGGAGGUCAAAUCCAAAGCCGAAGCCGAGGCGAGCGAGCGACGACGACGCGAGGCAUCAUCUAUUUCUUGCCUCUCUUGCCAUAUGGAAAGCAACAAUCUGAAACAGUGCAACCUUCUGUAACAUCAUUUCAAACAAACACAUCAGUUCUGAAACACUGUUACUGCGUGUAUUUAUAUAAAUGGAGGUCAAAUCCAAAGCCGAAGCCGAGGCGAGCGAGCGACGACGACGCGAGGCAUCAUCUAUUUCUUGCCUCUCUUGCCAUGUGGAGUGUAAUAUAUGCUAUACAAGUAUUGGAUAUACAAGUGAUCGAGAUAGACGAAGAGAUCAAGAGAAUCGAGUUUGAGUUGAUUUGGACUUUAAUUAGUGGCUAGACAGUUUUUACUGUUUCAUUACUUUACUACUUUACUGUUCACAAAAUCUGUUAUUACUGUAGCUGUUAGUUACUGUCACUGUAGCAUAGUGGCAAUUACUCUCAGUUGUGUCUAUAAAUACUCUCAUUUGUAUACAGAUUCAUUCAUUGAUAAUAACAAGUUCAUUUCUCUUCUCAGUCUCUAUUCUUUCUGUGUCAAUUGAUAAUAACAGCUUAGCUCCUUGAGCUUCAUUUUCCAUUUACGUGCGUCAAUAUGUUGACCCCCCUUUAGCUUCUUUGUGUGUUAGUUCUUAGUGAAAACCUUGACUCCGCCAAUCAAGAUCCACCUUUAAGUUUCAGACACCAUUUUGUUGUAUAGACAGAGAAGAUCAAAGUUCUAUAAUGAGAAAUGGACCAUAUGAGUGCUCAUGUUUUGCAGGUGAGGCUUAAAUGGCAGGGGAACCAGUUAACGUGAAUGAAUUCCAAGAGCUUGCUAGACAAGCCCUUCCGAAGAUGUACUACGACUACUAUACUGGAGGGGCUGAGGACCAGCACACCCUUAAAGAAAAUGUAGAAGCACUUUAUAGAAUCAUUAUUCGGCCAAGAAUACUUGUAGAUGUGAGCAGAAUAGACAUGUCAACUACUAUACUAGGUCACAAGACGUCAGCUCCUAUUAUGGUUGCCCCAACGGCCAAGCAUAAAUUGGCGCAUCCUGAAGGAGAAGUUGCAACUGCGAGAGGAGCUGCAGCAUGUGAUGUUAUUAUGGGACUGUCAUACAUGUCAACUUGCACAGUGGAGGAGGUUGCUUCCAGCUGCAAUGCUGUUCGCUUUUUCCAAAUAUACGUUUACAAAAGAAGGGAUAUAACAGCACUUAUGGUACAUAGAGCUGAGAAGAAUGGAUUUAGGGCUAUUAUUCUUACUGCUGAUACUCCGAGGCUUGGUAGAAGGGAGGCAGAUAUAAAGAAUAAGAUGGUUGCACCUCAGUUGAAGAACUUUGAAGGUCUUAUAUCAACUGAAUAUGUUUCUGACAAGGGCUCAAAUAUUGAAGCUUUUGCUGCAGGAACUUUUGAUGCUUCUUUUUGUUGGAAAGAUAUAGCAUGGUUAAAAUCAAUUACCAAAUUGCCGAUUCUGAUUAAAGGCGUUCUGACUUCUGAAGAUGCAAUAAAAGCGAUUGAAGCAGGAUUUGCAGGCAUUAUUGUCUCUAACCAUGGAGCUCGGCAACUGGAUUAUGCUCCAGCUACUAUUUCUGUUCUUGAAGAGGUUGUCCUUGCUGUUCAAGGUAAAGUUCCAGUAUUUUUCGAUGGAGGAGUGAGGCGAGGAACAGACAUAUUCAAGGCCUUAGCACUAGGCGCAAAAGCUGUUCUGAUUGGUCGAUCAGUUGUCUAUGGCCUGGCAGCUAAGGGGGAGCGCGGGGUAAAGCAGGUUAUUCAAAUGCUCAAGAACAAACUUGAGUUGACAAUGGCACUUUCUGGCUGCUGCACUGUGGACGACAUUACCAGAAGCCACGUGAAAACAGAAAAAGAAAUGGAAUGCUCCAUUGUAGAAUGUAGUUUCAUCCUGUAGAAUGAGAGUCAAACGCAGACGAAUAUCUGAAUCUUCAACAUUAAUUUAUGUUAACUAAUCUCUCUGCUACAGAACACAAUUUCUUUAAAUAGUGGACACAAUUCAAGGCUCGAUGAAAUGAUAAAUGUGAUCUUCAUUUUCUCUUCAAA